UUAAAAAUCAAAACAUUUUGGUGACGACGUGACUACAUCAAGGCAAAGACACCGAUUUGAUUGAUGAUCGAAAAGUACCGAUUCCUGUGACAAAACGGUUGAUUUCAUCCGGAUGACAUUGCGACGAUAUUCAACAACGAACGCAUAGGCGGCGAUAAUUCCUCGAUAAUAGCUCGAUAACGUCCCAUGGAAUCUCAUCAGAGCAGUGCAGCGACGGCGGCGUUCGACGACGCUGUGACCAUCAACACGCCAAAAAUCGCUUCGUCUCUCUCCCGACGCAACAUGAAUUCCGAUAAACAAAGUGCCGGCUCUAAUUGUUGUCGAAUUUGUCACGAAGAUGAAAGUUCGGAAGAAUUGAUAGAUCCUUGCAAAUGUUCCGGCACAUUGGGUCUAAUCCAUGCUUCUUGUUUGGAAAAAUGGUUGUCCAUGUCGAACACCGAUCGUUGCGAGAUUUGUAAUCUGUCAUUCGAGAUACAAAGGAACUAUAAACCGUUAUUACAAUCUUUCAGACAAUGGUGGAGAACUAGAAACAGAUACGGACCACAAGGUAUAACUGGCGAUAUAGUGUGUCUGGUACUGUUAACUCCACUUUGUAUCGCGGCAACAUACUUAUGCGCAAUUGGCGCAUCCGCUUAUACCAGGCUUGGUUUUUGGGAGGGAACAGGCUUGACUGCCCUUUGUAGCAUGCUGGUAGUCACUUAUUGUUUGUGGUUGAUUGUCACUAUCAGAUUUCAUUACAAGUCGUGGCAACAAUGGCGCAAAAGAAAUCAAGACGUUAAGUUAAUAGUAAAGCACAAGCCCGAAAAGUGUACCAUCGAAUUCUCAAAUCCUUUGGAAAAUGAAUUUACGAUUUAAAAGCAUCCGAUAAUUUUGAUAAACAAUUUACAAUUCAUAAAUUUCAUUGAAAUUAUUAAAACUACUGAAAUUACUAUUUAUAUAUUGUCAUAUUCGCGUCUUAAUUUGUCAUUAUAAGAAUCUUAUUUUUCUAUACUUUUAAAGCGAUUUGCUUUCCGAUCGUUUGAAAUAUGUACAUUGAUACGGAAUUAUGUGAGUACAGUGUCAAAUCUGUACAACAAUACAAGUUUAUGUAAUAUCGUGCUACUAAAUAAUUUAAAGCUCAGAUAUAUUUAACAUUGUGAAUGCGUCAAUAUUGUGAAUCGAUACUGUAUGAUAUUAAUAAGCGUUCAAAUAAUGAAGUACCUGAGCCGAGAGAUAAAUUAGUUUAAUCGAUAACUCCGUCAAUUUUAUGAAUAAUUAGUUAUGCAUUUUUCAAAAUUUAACAAUUAAACGGUAAUGUUCCCUCAAAAUUUUUAAAUAUUCAUAUAUGAUUAAUAUUAUUUAAUCAUUGUUUUUAUGUGAUAUUAAUGUACUUACUUAUCAUCUAGUGUUUUCGAAGGAGAAAAUACUGAUCUGUGUUUUCAGUCUUUUUUACCUUGUAUUGAGAUUAUUUAAUUAAUUUAAUGCAAUGCUAUAUACCAUUUUUAAUAAAUUAUUUUUAUACGCCUCCAGUAUUAAGACGAGUAAUAGAACGUACUUAUUGAAGAAGUAUGCAGGUGAAUUUUGUAUAUUUAUAUGCGUAUUUUCAUAAAAAUGAAACGGUGUAUGAACUAAUGCAUAAGAUUUUAGUACGUGCACUUUUUUUAACAAGAUAUUCGAAGUAUAUAAUGAUAUAUUUAAAAUGAUAAGAGACUUUUGUACUGCGUUUGAAAAUGUAUUUCUUCUUACCAUUUAAUUGUAAAAAGAACAUCAGUAAACAGCAAAGAUAAAUUUGUCAAAAACAUUGAAAAGAAUACAGCGUCAGUUGUAAUUAUUUUCUGUAAUUUAUUUACAAUAAUAUCUGAUUAAUAUGAAAUUUGUAAAUAAUAAAAUGUGUUUAACUAUGUCAA